CAACAAGUUUACCUUUACGGAAUAACAACAAGUGAGCACAAAUGGUCACUGUAAAGGGGAUUGUGAUGGUCACAUGGUUAUUACUGGCCUCACUGCUCUGCAUGAGCACACAAGAUGGAAAUGGACAAGACAACGGUGUUUUGCAUUGUGGACCUCAGAAUCUGACACUUAGCAGCUUUGGAGAGACGAUCCUGGUGACAUGGGAAGACGAGCCUUCGUGCUCUGCAGUACAGGAUGUGCUGAUGUAUGAUGUGGUGGUUCGAAUCGCAGACAAGAAAGCACAUAAGGAUAAAGUGGCUGUGGCGCCUGACCAGAUAGGAUCCACUCACUCCUGGAACUGGACAUCAUUGGCAUUGGAUUGCGGAUCCCAUUCAGUCAGACUCAGAUCCCGAUAUAAAAACCAUACAAGCCCAUGGAAAACAGAACCGACAAAUACUGUGAAAGAAACAAAAAGGCCAGAGGUUUAUCCAAAGGACAAAGACUUCAAAAUUGGCAGUAGAGCUACCUUCUGCUGCGUUCUGCCUGAGGGACAAGAUUUUAAAAAAAUGUAUCUGUAUGAGUAUGGUAGUCCUGAUAUAAACGCUACCAAGAUCACCAAUGAGAUAUAUGCCUUGACCGCCCACCUGAACCAGGCAAAAAGAUUCACUGAUAUGAGAUGUGAAACAACUACAGAAAAAAAUGGGGCUUCUGCUUUAGUUGGCUACCCGCCUGAAUACAGUGACCUUCAGUGUGAAACCCAGGAUCUAAAAUCAGUGGAUUGUUAUUGGACAGUAGUAAGAGAAAGAAGCGAAACACAGUCAUCAAGAAAACCCACCGAGCAUAAGCUACUUGGAAGUACAUGUGAUUAUCAUCUGUCUGAGAAUAAAUGCUCACAGGAAGUGAAAAUAGAUGUUGGUGAAAAAAACUGGACGUUGACAGCAGAAAAUAGCUUUGGGACGGUGGAGCUUUCAGACACUGCAGACCUGACUAAAAGAGUACACAUGUUCCCUCCAGUGGAAGUGACAGCUUCAAUUGUGAAUACCAGGAAUGUCAGCCUGAGGUGGAGGUGGACAGUUCAACAGUACUAUAAUCUCAAUAUAACCUGCCAAGUAAACAUUGGUGAAAAUACCAUAAGUGAAACUGGAGUUGGUCUUCAUUUUUCAGCUGUGAAUGACUUGAUACCAAAUUGGACAUAUAAUGUGAUAAUACGAUGUGGAACAGUGCCACAUUUCUGGAAAUGGAGUGACUGGAGCAAAAGUUUUAAAUUCAUCACUAAGGGUGAUGUUCCAGAUGCUCUUGAUGUGUGGAUGCAGAGAAAGGACAACCAAAUUAUGAUCAUCUGGAAAAAGCCACUGGCCAACCAGAGUCAUGGAGACAUCGAAGACUAUGAAGUGACCUGGACAAAGACUACAGAGAGAGACCAACCCAACAGAACCACAGUGGCUUUUAACAACGACAGACUGGCCCUCAGUCUGGACACCACUGAGGAGUAUAUCAUCACAGUUACAGCUAGGAACAUCAACGGCAGCUCAUCCCCGUCAGCCCUCAAAAUCCCUAGCUUCAGUUCAGACGAAGUGGACAGUUCUCAUAUCAUUGGCAGCGACGGUAGCUUCAACCUGUCCUGGGCUGCCAGUCCUACAGCCAGCGGCUACAUAGUGGACUGGUGUCCCACCUUAAGGUGUGACAUUGUGGAGUGGCUGAAAGUGCCUCCCAGUGAGACCAAUGCCAGGAUAUUUUCAAACAACUUCAAAGAUGGACAGAGAUAUUCUUUAUCUGUGUCUGCUCUCACCCAGGGAGCUCCAGUGCUGCUAGAGAGAAGAGAGGGCUAUGUCAGUGAGCAAUGUACACCAAAAGGCCUGUUUAAAUCGUUAAAGGGGGAACAACAGGAUUCAGAUUAUGUCGUAUCCUGGGACCCUAUACCUCUAAGAGAGCAGACUGCUUUUAUCCAAGGCUAUGUUCUGUAUUGUAAGAACACCAACACCAGCAAAGUCACCCACUCCAGCACAGGCGAUCCUAAGGCCACCAGCCUGACAGCAGGAGACCUUAAAAUCAGCCACUACACAUUCACAGUGAAGGCACAGACAGCAGUUGGAGAAUGCAGCGAUUCCUUUAUUACUGCCACCUUGACUACUCCCACUGAUAACUUGAUCAAGGCAGUCUUCAUUUCACUGGGCACUGUUUUUGGUCUCCUUUCCCUCAUGACUGUCCUUUGCUACAUAAACUGGGCAUGUAUCAAGCAGACAAUCUAUCCUCCGAUCCCAAAGCCAAUACUGACAUCACUGGAUGAACAUAGAUGUCGUCUUCCGUACGUCGUUGAGAGCCACCACAUUGAAGCAGAUAUUACAGUGGUUCCAGAGGUGCAUUGUCCUGCAGAAGCACCAUUGGAUGGUUAUGUAACCAGUGAGAACAUGCCAUUUAUCUUCUCACAAACACCCGACGGUUACUACAACCAGCCCCUGGUAAAGGACACCCCAUCAGUUCUCAGUGUACCCGCUACAGCCGUCCCAUCUGGACCAGGGAUACCAUCCUCUCCAUUCAGAAGUGUAUUUCCUAACCCAUCAUACAACCUGUCAAUGCAGCCUGGGGAUCAGCUGUCCAUCUUGCGCCUUCAGCUUCAGAAGGAAUCAUCUAUAGAGAGAAGCUCCAGUGGAUACCAGCCUCAGGGUCACGCUGAACCCUUCACUUUAGAGGAGACACAAGGGGACCCCGACAGUCCUAUGUCCUGUGACUCCUCUUACAUGUUGUUACCUCAGUCCCCUACCAGAUAGCUGCUGCAUGCACAGCCUGUGUGCCAAGUGUUGUAGUACUCGAGAUCGGUCUUGGUCUCGGGACCGGUCUUGAGUCUACUUUUUGAAGGUCUUGGUCUUGUCUCAGAAUAGACCGCAUUUUUACUUGGUCUUGUCUCGGUCUCGGACAAAUCCAAUCAAUCCAAUCCACUUUAUUUGUAUAGCACAUUUAAACAACAAAAACAUCUCCAAAGUGCUGCACAUAGAAUCAACAAUAAAACAAACAUUUCCAUAUAACAAUCAGCAAUAAAUAAUGAGUGUAUAAAUCUAAAAUUAUGCUAUAAAUUAAACAAUACAAUCAAACAGAUAAACAUAGUAAAAUAAAUAAAAGACGUAGUUAAAAGUAGUAAAAGAAAUAAAAGACACAGAGGACCACAAAACUCAUGCAAAGUUAAAAAGCCAAGGAAUAGACGAGACUUAAAACACUCCACCGUGGAUCUGUUCGGACAUGGAGGGGGAGGGCAUUCCAAAGUCUGGGGCCGACUACAGAGAAAGACCUGUCCCCCCUGGUUUUAAGUCUCUCGCUCUAGGCACCACCAGCUGGAGCUAGCCCUUCGACCUCAAUUCACGCUGGAUUAUAGAUUUGGAUGAGGUCCUUGAUGGAUUUACUUGUUAAUAUACUACUAUAAUAUAUACUAUAUUACUGUGAUUUUGAGUAAAUUGUAUUGCUUCAAGUACAACCAAUAACAUGACUCAUAUAUAAUUUGAAAUUGUUGUCACUGUUAACGGCUGUCACCGUAUAAAUAAAAUAAAAAAAUAAAAAUAAAAAUAAAAUUUGGUUACCUGAAGAUGUUUUGUGUACAACUACAAAAAAAAAGAAAACACAGUAACUUGUAAAUUCUGCAAAGCAACGCUAACAGAGACGGCUGGGACUGGUCUUGGUCUUGUCUCGGUUUCGAUACACUGUGGUCUUGGUAUUGACUUGGUCUCGGUUUAGGUGGUCCUCACUACAACACUGCUGUGUGCUAUGUUAAAAGUAGGAAAAGUAGGGUAGUAAAAAAUAUUAACUGUUGACACAAUGUUCAUUAUGUGCAUACGUUUACAUAUUACAAUGCUUUUUUUAAAGCAUAGUUUUAGGCUUGGCAAUGUGCACCAUUUUGGAUUGGAAACACAGAGGACCUCAUGAAGUGCCACCAUUUUUGUUUUUUAUGGAACAAUCUUGACAACCAUUGUGUGAAUUGCCAUGAAAUGCCAUGCCUUUUCCAUAUCAUGUUUUGUUGGUUUAUGACUAAAUCAGCUUCAGCUGUACUUUGUUGUUUGUGAAACCUAACUUACUUGCAUGCUAACACACUAUUGCACUGAAAACAACUAUUUAAGUCACUUUUCAGAUGACAGAUGGGAGCAAAAUAUGAAAGUCUGUGAGGUCCUGCUUAGUUUCUGACAAUGUUGUUGCAUUCUCUGUAUCCGGCAGCUGUUGCAGUGUUAGUGUGUGUCUAGUUCUUUUAGUGAUGGUCCAGUUUGUGAACAUCCUCCUGUUUCUCCUCUUCAACAACCUAAAUAAUCUAAACCAAGUUCAGGUGCCCCUGGACUUUGCUCUUCUGGGGAUCUGAUCAACUGGAUGCCUCACGUUCUGCUGUUGUCUCAUAAAUGAUUACUGAUAAAGUAACGUACACUGUGAGUUAUGUGUAAUAAAACAGUUUUGACUGUUAUGGCUGUGCCAAUGAAGUUGGGAUAUAUAUAUAUGCAUAAAUACAUUUAAUAUAACUUGUGAACUACUGUAUCUACCUUGAAAUAAAAUGGUUAAGACUC